AUGGCACUGGCCGUCCGGUCUGCUUGGCUUCUGGGCCACAUCGCCUUAGUAUCAGCCCUGACAUUCCCUAUUCCAGGGAAGCCGCCCUCAAACGCAAGUAGUCAGCUGCCUGCAUCUCCAAUAGGUGUCUCCUUUGAGUUUUUCGCUUAUCCGGCUUAUCUGGAAGACGUCGAUGCAACUGAAACAUGCCUCGAAAAUCUGGAGCAGCUGACUGUUUCUAACUCAGGCGACGCACCAACUUCCCUUACUUUUGGUCCCCCAUUGCUCUCAUUAGCGGCCGAGUACGGGGGCAGUGUGAUUCUAGGCCUCAAUCGUCGCCUAGAUAACAUAUCCAACACGAUCGCUGCAGCCACCCUUGCGAAGAGCCGAAUAACUAAUCUUUACUCAAUUGAGCUUGGAAACGAACCAAACUUCUAUACGAGCAGCGAUCCUAUUGCUGAUGACAAGGAUUGGACUGCUGCUGCUGAUUAUGCAUCCCAGUUGGCUUGGCAGGACGCCGUAUGCGGGAAUCUAUCUACAUCAGAUGUCAUCUCGGCUGGUGUUUACUUUGGGACUUCUCCAAUGAGCCUUGUUGGGCUGACAGCAGUGGAGAGCGACGCCAAUGACUACGUCAAAGAUUAUUGUUCACACAACUACCCCCAGUCGGCAGGUACAGCCAACCUAUCAUCCCUCAUGAGCCACAGUGAGAUUGCUUCACAAAUACAGCCUUAUGCCGCAGAAAUAUCGGCAGCAGCUAAUGAGGGCAAGGCACAUAUUUUUGGAGAGACAAAUUCGGCUACGGGUGGAGGAGGUGGCAUUAGUCCCACCUUUGGUGCGGCCCUUUGGCUUGUGGACUAUGUGAUGCAAUCCUUGAUAUUAGGAACUGAGGCUCUUUACUUCCACCAAGGUACUAUCGGCAAUUGCCAAUACUGCUUUUGGGGCAAAUAUGAUAUGGGCGCUCCUUACUAUGGCGCCUAUUUCGCAGCAAUGGCGCUUGCUGGCGCUGAUUAUAUUGCGCCCUUGGAUGACCAGACUACCGCCUAUGCUGCGUAUGCGAUCUAUAAAUCUGAUGCUCCUGUGAAGGUGCUCCUGUAUAAUUCCGAUUACUAUUCCAGCGGAGCGCGUCCUACGCAGACCUUCACUUUGACUGGUAUAUCUGCUUCUACGGUGACCACUAAGCUUCUUACCGCUCCCCAUGCCACUUCUCGCGUAGACUAUGGCGAUAAUCCGACAGUUGCAGGUCAAACUUUUACCAAUGGAACUUGCACAAUUCAGGGCACUCUUGAGGAGCAAACUACUACUGUAUCUGGAGGAGAAGUUAGUUUCACUGUCGGGGCGUCUGAAGCUUUACUGGUGUAUCUAUAA